AAAGCUGAGAACGGGGACGAUUGGCUGUUGAUGGAGAGAUCUGCCCAGAUCUGAACAAAACCAAGAGCUGCUGCCCUCUUCAACACUAUUAGCUAUUACGUCGAACUGGGAUGAGGGAGUCCUUAUUCACUCAACUGAGAGAGAGAGAACAACUUUUAUUUAACUUUUCAACUUCACGGCAGACACGCAGAGCGGAGCGCGCAGCAGGAGUACAGCGCUCUGUCGUUUUGUUGGCUAUCGCCUCUUCUUUGUUUCUUUCUUUUAGUGAGUGUCGAGUUUUCCAGGUGAUUAUUAAACAAAUGAACACUGGACGAAUGUCAAGGUGAUGCCACCUAUUUUCACUCUUAAGAGGACCUGGGACACGCGCUCUGAGUGGGAGAUUUUGACCAGCAAGUUCUUCUGACUGAAAGUGUCCACCACUAUUCUCACUGGGAACAUGGCUCUCUGUCCGCAGUUACUGCUGCUGCUCGGAUGGAGCUAUCUAUUCGGUGGAUAUUGCGCGAUGUUGAACGAUCAUUUCACUGGUUUGAAAAGAAAAGGUGAAUCUGGGCACUCCGGUGCCCCCCGGGCGGACAAAGACCGCUCAGAGAAGAAUGAGCAAGACCUGCUUUUACAGGAUACUAUGAGGGAACACAUGCAGAUGCUUUACGACAAAUACAACCGUGCAGGAUUUCCUUUCAAGGAUGGGAAUACGGUCCGCAGCUUUAAAGCGCAUUGGGGCACCAUCAACAACAAGCAGCUGCAGAUCUUCAACCUGACGUCUCUUACCAAGUCAGAGGCCGUCCUGUCGGCCACGCUCCACUACUACAUAGGAGACAUUCAGAACAGCACCCAGCACCCUGGCUGCAGCAGCACCACCAGGCCCAAGAGCUGUGGAGCCCCUUCCUCAUUCCGCCAUGGCCCCAGGAGACACAGCCACGUCCAGAUGGAUGUGUGGAGCUUUUCCUCAGUGGAUAACCACACCAGGGCUUUGGGCCACUUUGUGAUCAACGUGUCUACACUAUACAGGGACUUCAUCUCUUGGCAGUGGAAGGACGUCACCCGGGUGGUGAACCAAGCCAAGCAUCAUCGUGAGCUGCUGAUCGGGAUCGACGUGGGAUCCCAGCCUGGAGCCAGGCCCUGGAAGAAGCUCCUCUCAGACCGCUCUCCUUACAUCCUGGUCUACGCCAACGACACGGCCAUCUCCGAGCCCGAGAGUGUGGUGUCGACACUACAGAGGCAUCAAACGACGACUACGGCUGGAGAAGGGGCUUUCCCCUCUGGCUUCAAUAGACUGGGGCUGAACGCUCGGAAUAGCACCGCCGCCCAACAGGCGUCUCCUCACAGACACCGGCGCUCGGCUAGCGUCCUCCUCCCGCUCCAGAACAACGAGUUACCGGGGCCGGAGUACCCGUAUGAGACGACGGGCUGGGACGAGACCAGCCCCUACGAACCGCUGGAGAACAAGCCAGUCCCUCGGCCGAGAAAAAAGACGCGCGGUAAGAGCCAGAGGCACGGCGGUAAGAUGCCCCUGCUGCAGUUUGACGAGCAGACGAUAAAGAAGUCUCGUAAGAAGCAGUGGAACGAACCACGGAACUGUGCUCGUCGCUACCUGAAGGUGGACUUUGCAGACAUUGGCUGGAGCGAGUGGAUUAUAUCUCCCAAGUCUUUUGAUGCCUACUAUUGCUCAGGGUCAUGCCAGUUCCCCAUGCCUAAGUCUCUAAAGCCUAGUAACCACGCCACCAUCCAGAGCAUUGUGAGAGCGGUAGGGGUGGUGUCUGGUAUCCCUGAGCCCUGUUGUGUCCCAGACAAGAUGUCUUCCCUCUCCAUCCUCUUCUUCGACGAGGACAAGAACGUGGUGCUCAAAGUCUACCCAAACAUGACUGUGGACUCCUGCGCCUGCAGAUAGGGACAAUUACCACACACACACACACACAUAGAACAAUCUCUCUGCAACAUCGCCACCUAUCAAGGAUAUUCCACUUUUGCACUGUCAGAGAGAUUAGGGAUUACAAUCUACUAUCUAAAUGAAGAUGGACCUUUUCAGGGAAGGACUGCUGGACCUUCCUCCUACUGGAAGCCUGAAACACCCUGGAAAAUAAACAGCUGACUAGUCUCAUCAUCAUCACCAUCAUCAUCGCUAUCACCACCAUCAUCAUCAUGACUUUUUACUUGUUUGAAUAGAAUGAACCAGCCGCUGGAGAGGAGGGUGCAGUUUGAGGUAGCACCUUAAAGAGGGAGGCUAAAACCCCAGGAAGGAAAGGCCUUCUGUGAUUCCUGAGCUCCAAAAGUAUUUGGGACAGUGACACAUUUGUUGUUGUUUCGGCUCUGUACUCCAGCACUUUGAAAUUAUACAAUGACUAUGAGGUUAAAGUGCAGACUGUCAACAUUCAUUUGAGGGUAUUUUCAUCCAUAUCGGGUAAACCGUUUAGAAAGUACACUAC